AUGUCUCAAGCACCCCUCGGAGAUGGUGACGUGGAGAAACAAGAACCUGGUCCUAACGAUCACUUCCGUUCCCACGGCGGUACUCCCCGCCCCAGCCACGAAGAAAAAGAAGGCACAGACGGCGCAGCGGAUGGUGGCGCUGACGGCGCACCCCAUCCCUCAGGAAAGAGGGAGCUCAAAGAAUUGGAAUGCUACGAUAAACUGGGCUACUCGUUCCCCUGGUGGAAGAAAUGGGGCGUGAUAUCUGUUAUCUUCUGUGUCCAGGUCUCGAUGAAUUGGAACGCUGCAUUUUAUGCUAGUAGCAUCUCGCUUUAUGCGAAGCAUUUCCAUAUCUCUGAGCAGGCUGCUCGAGUCGGACAAAUGAGUUUCUUGAUUGCUUAUGCUUUUGGCUGUGAGUUCUGGGCUCCGUUCAGUGAGGAGUUUGGUCGGUGGCCGAUUAUGCAACUCAGUUUGUUCUUUGUCAAUAUCUGGCAGCUUCCGUGUGCAUUGGCUCCGAAUUUUGGAACUAUUGUUGUUGCUCGUACACUGGGUGGUCUUUCCUCUGCUGGUGGUUCGGUUACUCUUGGUAUGGUCGCUGAUAUGUGGGAGGCAGAAACUCAGCAGUGGGCUGUUGCUUAUGUUGUUUUGUCUUCUGUUGCGGGGUCCGUGAUGGCUCCUAUUGUGGGAGGAUUCGUGGCUACAUACCUGGAUUGGCACUGGAAUUUCUGGAUCCAGCUUAUUCUGGGAGGAUUUGUGCAGAUUCUUCACUUCCCAAUGCCGGAGACCAGAUGCAGUAUUCUGAUCACUCGGGAGGCUCGACGACGACGAAAGAAUGGCGAGAUGGUCUGGAGCGGCGAUGAGCUGAAAGGAAAGCGACUCUCUUUCCGAUACCUCUUUAUGGUGUGGGCGCGACCAUUCAUCAUGUUCCUUCGAGAGCCAAUUGUGUUGUGUUUGUCUCUGCUCAGUGGCUUUAGUGAUGCUUUGAUCUUCACUUUCCUGCAGUCGUAUACACCGGUAUAUAAGCAGUGGGGGUUCAACACGAUUGAUAUUGGGCUUUCGUUCAUUCCCAUUCUCGUGGGAUACAUCCUUGCCUAUUUGUCAUUCUUACCGUGGAUCCAUCGCCAUUGCAGAGUACAAGAAAGAGAUCCGGAUGGAUUACUGCCCGAGGCUCGACUGCAUUGGCUGUUAUGGGUCGCACCUCUCUUAUCAAUCGGACUGUUUGGGUUCGCAUGGACGAGCCUGGGGCCGCCUCACGUCCAUUGGAUAGCGCCCAUGAUAUUCUCCACCUUGAUUGCUAUAGCUAAUUUCUCCAUUUACAUGGCCACCAUCGACUACAUGAUAGCAUCUUAUGGCCCAUACUCAGCAUCAGCAACCGGUGGCAACGGUUUUGCCCGCGACUUUCUCGCAGGCAUCGCAGCCAUGUACUCGGUACCCAUGUAUCAAAACAUGGGAACGACACACAGAUUGGAAUGGCCGUCGACAUUCUUGGGCAUCAUGGCAAUCAUAUUCACGAUCCCCAUUUAUAUCUUUUACUUUUAUGGACCCAAGAUUCGGGAACGUUCCCCGUUCGCGCAGACUCUGGCUGCAGACAGGAAGAAGACUGGGCGGAGGGUUUCUCAGUGCGGUUCUGGCGAUCCGGAUCCUGUUCAGCGAUAUCUGUCUGGGGAUUCGGCGUGA